GUCUUCAUCGUUGCUGAUUGGACAUGCUUUCGUCCCCGUGGGCGACCCUACUGAAACAGAGAUACGUAAUGCAAGGAGCUCAAUAGCUCUUACAUAUACCUAGAGCAGCCGGCCUCGCUCUUAUUGUGUGGCAGUUGCCCUUUUCGCCAGCCGACAUCUCGCAAAGGUCUCGUGGAAGAUGCCGAUCUAUGCGCUGCACGACCAGCUCCUACCGCCUUCUGGCGCAGCAUUUGCCGUCGCAUGCCAGCUCAUACCAAAACUCGAUAUUCCGAGUGGCUCGAGCAAUGGCGCGGCCAGCAACAAGGACGCGCUAGCACGAUGGCGCGUUCAUCGGGGACAUCUGCUCGGUCACUGUGUAACGGCACGCGAUGAUUCGCUUUCCAUCUACGAGAUCAGACUUCGGCCUGAUUCUAGCCUGCAACAGAAAGAUUCCGAGCAUUUAGGAGAUAUACAGCCGUACUUAUUGCGUAGGCACUCGCUCUUUGGCGUCGUCACUGGUCUCGACGCCGUUCGCACCGCUGCCAGCGAAGCAGAUGGUGCGGACCGAAUCUUGAUCGCGUUUAAGGAUGCAAAGCUAGCGCUCCUUGAAUUUUCUCUCUCGCUACAGGACCUCACAGUCCUCAGCAUUCACACCUACGAACGUCUUCCCGAGCUCUCCCUCUACCCGAGCGGUCUCCCUCUUAACUUUCAGCCUGUGCUCCGCACCGAUCCUCUCAACCGCUGCGCGGGGCUGAGCAUGCCAGGCGACGCACUGGCCAUUCUUCCUUUUGCAGGUACGGGCGAGGACGAGCUUGGAUUUUUGGGCGAGCUAUGGGGUGAAGACGAGCUGUAUGGCACCAAAUCAGGGCCUUCGUCGCGGUCCGACUCAGGAGUGAAUUGGGAGAAGGAGAGAGAGCUGCCGUACAACCCAUCCUUUGUUGUACGUCUGUCUCAGCUCGGCGGCAAAAGCGGUGCGGUCGGGGCUGCUGGCGUGGGAAGUGGCAUCCGAAAUGUCCGCGAUUUUGCGUUCCUACCUGGGUUUCAAAAGCCAACGCUGGCAGUGCUCUUCGAGCCGAGGCCGACGUGUACCGGACUCCUCAAUGAAUCGAAGGACACCUAUUCCCUCUUCCUUCUCACGUUGGAUCUCUCCUCUGGCCUCUCAUCACUUGCUUCCGGUGCCACCUCUUCUACAUCCUCACCACUCACCCUCAUAUCGGCGCGCGACUCUUUGCCUUACGACUCCCUCUAUCUUGUGCCUUGUCCAGAGAGUAUCGGCGGUACGGUCAUUGUGACAACAACCGCCAUCGUGCACGUCGAUCAGAGCGGCCAGGUCACAGGUCUGGCUGUCAGUCGGUGGUGGAACAGGCUGAGCGAGCUGCAAGGCGUCAAGGUGUGGGGCCCCGCGGAACGUGGAGAAGACAUUGACCUCCAGGGUAGUCAAUUGGCUUUCUUUCCUGCUACAUUCUGUGGCGCGGGAUUUUCGGCGCAAAGUGAAAAGGCAAUUCUUGCGCUUAGAGAUGGACGCAUGUUUAAUCUCGAAUUCGAAAUCGAGGGCAGGAGCUUAGCCGGAAUGCGCCUGAGCACUUUGGGCAAGAGUGUACAAUCCAGCGCGCUCGCUUUUCUCUCACCCGACCCGGGUAAUCCACCUGCCUCGUCUUUGUUUGAUGCAGAGAGGAAAGGGUGGCUGUGGGUUGCAAGCAUGGUGGGCGAUACGGAAGUCUUGCGCAUAGAAGCUGUCUUCGAAGCUACUAGUGUUAAUGGCAACGCCUCGAUGAAUGGAUCGGCCAAUGGAGUCCAUGAACAGCAACAGAACCCGGAGCUACAGCAAGAGGAAGGUGACGAGAUGGACAUCGACCUUUACGGCCCCUCUCCCACCAACGCACAAUCCACAACAACUGGAUCAUACGUUGCUGGGACAGUCGCACCUAAAGUACGCACGCGUAUGCAACUCACUCCGUCGACAUGCAUUCCUGCUCUGGGCCCCAUCGCAGACCUCACACCGACGGCAGAUGCUGAGGACAGUGUGCCUCUCGCCCAAACUGUCGCGUUAACAGGUGCUCGGGAAAGCGGUGGGAUGACCCGCUUCGAGCCGAGGAUUAAGCCGCGCAAACGAAGACGCGUCGAGACAGAUGGUACUAUUGUCAGUGCGGUAUGGAGUCUCAACCCCGAGAGCGAUAUGCCACGUCCGGCAGCGUCGCCAUCCAGUAGCAAAGGGGGAAGUAUGCUGUUAUUAGCCAGUUGUGAGGCUGAGCAGAUAUCUCUUCUAACGAGCGUCAACCGCGAUGGAAUCGUCGCUCGGACGGCAGAGCUGAACGGUAUCUCUAUCUUCGCGGCGCCGCUUUCCCAUGGAAAUGGGUGGAUAGAGCAACUCUUCUUGCGCGUCACACCGCUGCGCAUUGAAGUUCGAUCUUUCGAAGGCGCACGCUUGCGAGCGCAUCUCGAUCUUAGCACAAGUCAGGGCGAGUCCAUCAGAGCCGCGAGCUUUGUGUAUCCAUAUCUCGCCCUGACAACCUGGGAAGGAAAUAUCAAGCUUUUGUCUGUGUCACUACAGGUACAGAGUGACAAAGACCCUGUCAUUAGGGAGGUCAGCCUGCCGGAAGGGAUCGCAUGCGAUGCUACAUCAGGAGGGUACUCUAGCGUGCAUUUAUUCCAGGAUGCAACGCGGACCCUGAGCAUGGGCCUUCCUGCGGCAGGUGCACACGCCAAUGCGAGGCAAAUGCUGUCCACAAUGAACGACGACAAGAUCGACCAUGGUAGCGAGAGUGAAGACGACAAGGCGCGAGUCAGUACAAAAACAACUCCGAUUGAUUCGGUUGAAGCGUCAAACAUUUGGAUGACGCUCCUCACCAGUGACGGCGAGUUUCACCUCAUCUGCCUUGCAGACACUACUCGCACCUGGGUUACAGCCUCGUUGCCAUUCGUGCCAUGGCGCCUUGAAUGCUUUGGGAAUAUCGCUAAGCAAUCAACAACGUCUAAGUCUGUUGAAGGAGGUGUCAGCGACGUUCGGCUGAUCACGAUGGCUCAAACGCCGCACCUCGUUGUUCUCCUCGACAACCAGCAGAUGCACGUCUAUGAAUUCAAUCCAUUUCAAGAUCGCGACGCGCCAAGUCACAUGGCGACCGGUACCUUCGUCAAGGUUUUCGGCAAGCAGUUGUCCUCGCACGGCAUUGCCAUGUUUAACGCGCCUAAGGGUGACUCAUUCCAGUUUGACGGGGCCCGGAUCCGGCCUUUGCAAGGCUUUGGUGCAUUCUUGACUGGCGGCUCUCCCGGUCUUCUCGUUCGCACAAAUUUUGGCACAGUCCAAUUUCACGAGUGUGACGGUGACAUGCUUCAAGACGUGACUUCCAUUGGUCAAACAAGUGUCUACGCUUUCGUCGAGACUGGGCAGCUAAUUCUGGCGGAGAUCCCUGACCAUUGUUAUGACUUACCCAUUCCGUACUCACGCACUAUCAUUGGUCGUACAUACACUAAGGUGGCCGCCCAUCCCUCCACCCAGGCUCUAAUAGCAGCAUCGGUCGUAGAGACGCCUUUCUUGCUAUUCAAUCCGGAAGACAGUUCAGUCGUAGCAGAUCCUUCCACUGACCCCACACCAUCGAACUGCUACCGUGGAGCACUCGAGCUUUUUCCGGCGGGCGAAUGCCAACCUACAUUUGGAUUCCCUCUUCAGCAAAACGAAAUCGUCUGCGCUCUGGAGCUAGUGUCCCUUGCUAGCGUCAGCAACGCGCGACGUAGCAAGGAGUACAUUGCUGUGGGCACAGCGAUCUCGCAUGGCGAGGAUCGUCCUACAAAGGGCGCGAUUUAUCUUUUCGACAUCGUAGAAACAGUGCCCACGAUUGCCGAACCGACCAAAGUGCCUCAUAAGCUCAAGCUGAUUGACAAGGAGGAGCUCCGCGGGCCGGUGACGGCGCUGACGGACAUGAAUGGCUUUCUCGUGCACAGCAUUGGGCAAAAGCUACAAGUUAAGGCCCUGGAGAACGACGAGUGGCUUAUCUCCGUUGCCUUUCUGGACCUCGCUUUCUACGUUACAAGCAUUCACAGGAUCAAAAAUUACCUCUUGCUCAGCGACAUUCAGCGCAGUAUAACCUUUGUUGCUUUCCAAGAAGAGCCAUACCGCCUAGUGCAAUUAGGGAGAGACAUCAACAACGCACCCGUCUUGACAGCGAACUUCCUGCUUCACGAAGAAGGGAUUGCAUUUGUUACUACGGACAUACAAGGAAGGGUUCGUUUGCUGGACUACGCGCCCACCAUCUUGAGCACGCAAAGUGGCCAGAAGCUGUUGCUCCGCACUGAAUAUCAGACAGCGUCCGAAACCAUCUGCAGUCGUGUCCUACCGGGCAAGAGCAAUGGCAUCGGAAUUUCGACAGGAAACGAGAUUCUUCAGGGAGCCUCCAACGGAAGCAUUGAAGGGAUCACAAGUGUCGAUGAGGAGACAUUCAAGAAGUUGCAGCUUCUGCAAGGCUACAUGACUAGGAAUGUCCGCCACUUUGCGGGCCUGAAUCCGAGGAGUCUUCGCGCGGUUGUGAAUGAGACCGUACCUCGGCCUUUGGCGAAAGGCAUUCUUGACGGGAGCCUUUUGCGCAUAUUCAUGUCUCUGCCACGCAAGCGCGCAGAGGAGAUGGCUUCUAUCUACGCGCAAGGAGCAGCACCAGAAGAGGUUGCCACAGUUUUGCGGGACCAAUCCAUGCUAUGGCUUCGCACAUAGCAUGCCAGUUCACGUUAUGAAAUACAAUGUCACGUUCUUCCAUGUCGCUGCGGUCUGUUUCUUAUCGAAAGAAAGGGCGGCUCCUAUGCUUACAUCGAUUGUAAUACG